UCGACAUUAACCAAAUUCUGAUAUGGAGGUCCAAACAUUUCCCAACGAAAUCGUCUUCUUCGAUCUAGAAACAACCGUACCGAAUAAAGUGGGGCAACAUUUUCACAUUCUAGAGUUCGGUGCGAUCAUCGUAUGUCCAAGAAAACUUGAGGAGCUAGAGAGCUUCACAACGCUUAUACAACCUAAAGACUUGUCAGUGGUCUCAAUAAGGUCGUCUAGGUCUGAUGGGAUCACAAGGGCUAAGGUUACAAACGCACCAAGUUUUGAAGAUGUGGCUGAGAAGAUCUUUGAUUUGUUGAACGGUCGGAUUUGGGCAGGUCAUAACAUUAGAAGAUUCGAUUGCAUUAGGAUCAAAGAAGCUUUCGCUGAGAUCGGUAAAGCUGCCCCUGAACCCUCAGGGAUCAUUGAUUCUUUGGGGUUAUUAAGUGACAAGUUUGGCAAAAGAGCUGGUAACAUGAAGAUGGCAAGUUUGGCAGCCUAUUUUGGUCUUGGAGUGCAAAAACACAGGAGUCUCGAUGAUGUUAGAAUGAAUUUAGAGGUCCUCAAGCACUGUGCAACAGUUCUUUUCUUGGAAUCUACACUUCCCAAUCAAUUGGAAGGAAAAUGGCAAAGUUCUUCAAAGAUCAUGACAAGAAGUCGAAGUAAUUACCAAAUAGCCCAAAGGGCAAUGCCUUACUCGAAGGGUAGUCUCGGGAAGAUAACACAGAACGUGAAGAAUCUGCUAAGCAAAGCUCAAGGCAAUCAAACUCUCCAAAGCUUGAUCAAUCAUUCUCAUUCUUUGCUUUGAUGAUUAUUGCAAGAAUGAAUUUAAUUGUAUAUA